ACCCGCCGCCACUCAGUUGGUUCUCUCCCUCCUCAAUCGGGACCGAGAGCUAAAACCUAGCCCGCGCCGGCCAUGUCCCGCCGUGCGCCGUUCUCCAACCUGGACCCCGCGACGGCGGCCGACACGCGGCGCCAGCGCUACGACCAGCACGAGCAGGACGGGUACAUGGAGCAUCUCCUGCCGUACAUCCACAGCUGCGUCCCCGACCCGCCCGUCUCCACCACCGCCCGCCUCGUCGCCCGCCGCACUGGCCCUUCCGACGGCGUCGACCGCAUCAGCAGCCUCUCCGACACGCUCCUCCGCGACAUCGUCUCCCGCCUCCCCUUCAAGGACGCCGCGCGCACCGCCGUGCUCGCCACGCGCUGGCGCGGGCUCUGGCUCGCCGCGCCGCUCGUCGUCGCCGACGCGCACCUCCUGAACCACUGGCCCCCGACGCCCGCCGACGCGGCGCCCGUCACCGCCGCCGUGUCGCACGCCCUCGCCACGCACCCGGGGCCCUUCCGCUGCGUCCACCUCGUCUCCACCCGCAUGGACGCGUACCAGCCCCAGCUCAAGCGCUGGCUCCGUCUGCUCGCCGCCAAGGGCGUCCAGGAGCUCGUCCUCGUCAACCGCCCGUGCCCGCGGGAGGUGCCCCUCCCCGACACGCUCUUCCGGAUCGCCACCCUCACCCGCCUCUACAUCGGCGUCUGGAAGUUCCCAGACGCGGCCCACCUCCAAGGCGCCUCCUUUGCCAACCUACGCGAACUCGGCAUCUUCAGCGUCGUCGUGGAGGACGGGGACAUCGACUCUGUCGUCGCCAGGAGCCCCGUACUGGAGAUCCUCAACAUCCAAGGGACCAUUAAGGGGUUGCGUCUCGUCGGCAACAGCCUUCGGUGCGUGCAGAUCUGCGCUUCCGUGGUGGAGAACAUUGCCGUGGUGCACACCCCUUGUCUCGAGCGGCUCAUCCUGUGGGACGUACGGGGAUCUCCCAACCCUGCCAGUGGCUUGUGCACCAGGAUCAAGAUUGGAAAAGCCCCCAAGCUGCGCAUUUUGGGAUAUCUGGAGCCAGGAAAACACGUGCUAGAGAUUGGAGGCACCACCAUCAUGGCUGGCAUUAAACCAAGCGCAAGCACAAUGCUCAGGACGGUCAAGGUCCUGAGCAUCAAAUCGUGUUUUGGAUCCAAUGACACCAAGAUGUUGCCUGACUUCCUGAAAUGCUUUCCCAACGUUGAGGCUCUUCACGUUAUUUCUGUCAAAUGUAAUGAACCUGGUGACAAGCUCAACACCAAGUUCUGGCAAGAGGCUGGUCCCAUUGUAAGUGUGCUUAUGCGCAUCAAGGUGAUGACAGUCCGUGAGUUCCGAGGGGAGCAACAUGAGCUUGCCUUCCUCCAGUAUUUCUACGAGAAUGCACGGGUGUUGAAGUAUGCAUCAGUCGUGGCAGCCAAUGCAAGGGUCACUGGAAUAUCAGACAAACAGAUGUUUUCCAUUCUGCAGAAUAUGAAUGAUGCAAGAUGGGCUAGUAAAUUUGGACUGGCUAUCAUGGGAAGCAAUGGUCCCGAAGGAGGUAGACCCUGGAUGUUUGAACGAGGAUCAAAUUUUUCUGAUGAUGACCCUUUUGCACCAGUUAAAUUUCUUGAACAUGGCCCUGCCUCUGCGCCAAGAUAGAACAAGACUGCUUGUGGUGGCACACGCUGCAUCUGAGAUCUUCAACCUAUGAAGCAUGCAUGUGUUCUGGUUCUGUAAUGAGUAACUACUCUUGAAGAUUCCCUCCCGUUCUUAGUUCUGCCAGCACGGUUAGCUUGAGUGUUGCAGUUAGCAGUACCAUUUUGAUGCAAGUGACCACCUUUCUGUGGUAAAUGCUUUUAGACUGGGUAUUACAGACCACUGAAAUCUGCAUUUCAUGUGGUUUCGUUAGCUAGCUGUAUCAUCAUACAUUGAUGUUGCAUUGUGUAGUUUCUGCUAAACAUAUGGCUUUGAUGCUAAUGAUAAUUAGUGAUAACUAAGCUAAUUCAUGUUUCAUGCACUGUAUAA